AUCUCCAUAGCAAUGCCAUAGCAACGAGGAAGGUGGUUGGCUGAGAAGCGUAACCACCCCGAAACAGAGGGUAUAUAGGAAUGUUGAAUUCGCUAUUAUACAAGAUUUCGUACUUCUGAACCACAAAAAAGACCUCUGAUCUGCUUGGACUGAAAGAACAUUUUCAGCUCUCCAAAUAGAACCUGAUUCGACGAACAAGAGACUUUUCUCCCAUUUCUGAUCUCCCCCUGCAACAACAGCAAAAGAGGAGCAAGACUUCCUGUCCACCCGAGGAACCAGGGCGUUGGCCGCUCAGGCCUCGGCUCGCAGCUGCCACCACUUCUCCUUUAGGGCUCCCAUUUUCUGCUGACGCACCCGAAGCCUGGAUGUGAUUACCGGACCCGGUGAUCCAUCUGGCUUCCUCCAAAUUUCAGAAGACUCCUUUUUUGGACAUUUUUGGCCUUUUUCCCUUUUUGGAAAGCUCGCUUCGGUUCCCCCCCUUUUUGGGGUAUUUUUCAGGUUUUAUCUCGUUUUUCCAUCGUCCAUAUUUUAUUUGACACUUUUCCCCUUUUCUGUUUUUUUGUGGUUUUCAGUUUACCGUGUUUUAUUUCAUGAUUUUUCCCCUUUUUCGGGGUAGUCUGUUUUUCAGGUUUUAUUUGCUACUUUCUCCCUUUUUUGGGACCUUGCGGUUUUCGGUUUACCGAUUUUUAUUUUGAAUUUUUCCGAUUUUCGGAACCGAUUCGAGCUCUCCUCGUUUUGGGAACAUUCCCCGAAGAACCUUGCAGAGUAACCAGGUCAGUUGCGUGUAGGGAAUAUGGCAGGUGUUAAGAAAGCAGUCCCCACCUUUUCGGUGGAAAAGACUACUGAGAGAAUGGCUAGGGACCCCAGUUUCGGGGCCAUUGAGACCAAAGACGGAAGAAAAGCAUCUAUGCCUGAGGUAGGACAGCCAGACUAUUAUGUGCCAGAUGCCUGGAAGAGCGAACCAGACAAAGAAAUGACUUUAAAAGUUAAGGCAAGCUGUGGUGAGUGGGCUCAUUUUCUGAUGGCUCCCUCCUACGACUCCCUUAUGGCAGAUAAAACUUUGACUAGUAACUUUCGAGCAUCCUUUUUGGCCGAUACAUAUGAUUUUAUGUUUAGAAGGUUUAAGAAGGCAGCAUACAAAGCGGCUAAAGAACUAGAGGCGAAGGGACAGGAGCUAUCGGUUAGCGAGGAAGAAGAAGAAGUUGAUCCUCCACAAGUCACUAAACCUCCCCCUCAGACCCGUCCUGCUCUGGUGCGCAGUACCUCCCUGCCUGAUGCUUUGGUAGGGUAUUAUGAAUUAAAAAAGGUGAAAAGCGUGGUGCCGGCUAGGGCCAACGACCAAGAUGUGCAAGAAUAUCUGAAAAGUAGCUGGGCUUUGGUCAAAUGUGUUACGUGCAACGAUGAAGCGCGAAGACUGUGGCUUAUUUGUACCACCGGCCAAGAACUGGGCGCAGAGGCCACGGCCGAAGAGCACUAUCGGCGAAUGGUGAUAGAAGGGCCCGAUGACGAAGAGUCCAAGUUAGAUUUGGCAAGAAAGCACCUCAAGAAAGGACAACCACUGAAGCAAGUUUGGUACAUUCUAAAGAAAUCAGUUCCGGUGGCCCAGUCGGUGAAGACUCUCCGAAGACUAACCAAGGGGAUGAGGGAUGAGAUGGACUUUGUGACAAUGGAUCCCAGUACCACCACAUGUGAGCAAAUGGACGAGGUGGUACGUGUAUGGGACAUUAAGCGGCACUAUCAAAAAAAGAAGCGAGCUGAGCGGCGUAAAAGGGGCCACAAGCGACAGAAAAGUAACACCAGUGACAUCGAGAGCUUCCACGCCCUCCAGGACUGGAGCGGAUCAAAAUUACGGUCCGCCGAGGGGGCCUUCUGUCCUAGGUCUCCUCGGGUUUGCUCCCGUUUUGACGCUGACGACAAGGGGGAGCCCUUGGUGUAGCUAGAUGGCGCUCCAAUCCCGCCGGCCCCCCCUGUCAAACCCCAAAUUUGUUAGGAACACAUUGGCUGAUCCCCCUACCUAUUCCCCCCGCUUUAGGGGCUGAAAGCAAGGCUGAACCGUAGGGCCCAGUGUAGACCUGGUGUAUAAUGAAGGCCAGGAAUAUAAUCACUUAUAUAAUUCUGAGUGUAAUCCACGAUAGUAAUCACAACUAGUGAUCAUGUAUAAUAAUCAUGGAGGUUAAACAUUGAAGUGCAAGUGUAGAAUUAUGUGUGUGUCUGUGACAAAGAGAACACUUUGAGGAACUUGGAUCGGAAACACUGAGCAGCAAGAGUCUGGAACCUUCCAGUUUCUGCCGGUUUGAGCAUAGCAACAAGUAUAGUUGGGCAGAGGUCACAUGGACAAUAACCAAUGUAUUGUUAAGAAUAAUGUGAUGUGUUGUAUCCCCAUAGCAACGAGGAAGGUGGUUGGCUGAGAAGCGUAACCACCCCGAAACAGAGGGUAUAUAGGAAUGUUGAAUUCGCUAUUAUACAAGAUUUCGUACUUCUGAACCACAAAAAAGACCUCUGAUCUGCUUGGACUGAAAGAACAUUUCCAGCUCUCCAAAUAGAACCUGAUUCGACGAACAAGAGACUUUUCUCCAUCUCUCAUCUCUCCCUGCAAUAACAGCAAAAGAGGAACAAGACUUCCUGUCCACCCGAGGAACCAGGGCGUUGGCCGCUUGGGCCUCGGCUCGCGGCCGCCACCACUUCUCCUUUAGGGCUCCCAUUUUCUGCUGACACAGCCGAAGCCUGGAUGUGAUCGCCGGGCCGGGUGAUCCAUCUGGCUUCCUCCAAAUUUCAGAAGACCCCUUUUUUGGACAUUUUUGGCCUUUUUCCGUUUUUGGGAAAGCUCGCUUAGAUUCCCCCCCCCCUUUUUGGGGUAUUUUUCGGGUUUUAUCUCUUUUUUCCAUCUUCCGUAUUUUUAAAAAAUACUUUUCCCCUUUUAUGGGGUUUUUGUGGUUUUCAGUUUACCGUGUUUUAUUUAAUGAUUUUUUUCCACCCCCCUUUUUUGGGGUAGUCUGUUUUUCGGGUUUUAUUUGAUACUUUCUCCCUUUUUUGGGACCUUGCGGUUUUCGGUUUACCGACUUUUAUUUCGAAUUUUUCCGAUUUUUUGAACCGUCUCGAGCUCUCCUCUUUUUGGGAACAUCCCCCGGCAUCCCCCGAAGAACCUUGCACACUCCACGGUCCUCGGAUGUUGUCCCUGUCUCCGUCCUCAGAAGAGUGUGACGUUGUGUCGUCACCAUCCGAUAGCGGCGCGAGGAGGUCGUCCGCUUCGAUCUUCACAGAGACACCAGUCAAGUGCAACUUAGUGAGAUCUUGAACAUGUGAGGGCUGUGGAUCCUCCUGCUUCAAAGUGGCGCUCCCCACCUGCAGUUGAGAGAGACGGUCAUCUCGACGGCCAAUCAACUGCUGGACGUCUGCAGGACACAAACAAAACAAACACACUUUACGUCAAAUAUUACAAACCCCGUUUCCAUAUGAGUUGGGAAAUUGUGUUAAAAUGAACAGACUAACUCCAUCCAUUUUUUGCAUGAUUUGCAAAUCCUUUUCAACCCAUAUUCAGUUGAAUAUGCUACAAAGACAACAUAUUUGAUGUUCAAACUGUUAAACAUUUUUCUUUUUGCAAAAAAAUCAUUAACUUUAGAAUUUGAUGCCAGCAACACGUGACAAAGAAGUUGGGAAAGGUGGCAAUAAAUACUGAUAAAGUUGAGGAAUGCUCAUCAAACACUUAUUUGGAACAUCCCACAGGUGUGCAGGCUAAUUGGGAGCAGGUGGGUGCCAUGAUUGGGUAUAAAAACAGCUUCCCAAAAAAAUGCUCAGUCUUUCACAAGAAAGGAUGGGGCGAGGUACACCCCUUUGUCCACAACUGCGUGAGCAAAUAGUCAAACAGUUUAAGAACAACCUUUCUCAAAGUGCAAUUGCAAGAAAUUUAGGGAUUUCAACAUCUACGCUCCAUAAUAUCAUCAAAAGGUUCAGAGAAUCUGGAGAAAUCACUCCACGUAAGCGGCAUGGCCGGAAACCAGCAUUGAAUGACCGUGACCUUCCAUCCCUCAGACGGCACUGUAUCAAAAACCGACAUCAAUCUCUAAAGGAUAUCACCACAAGGGCUCAGGAACACUUCAGAAAACCACUGUCACUAAAUACAGUUUGUCGCUACAUCUAUAAGUGCAAGUUAAAGCUCUAGUAUGCAAAGCGAAAGCCAUUUAUCAACAACAUCCAGAAACGCCGCCAGCUUCUCUGGGCCCGAGAUCAUCUAAGAUGGACUGAUGCAAAGUGGAAAAGUGUUCUGUAAUCUGACGAGUCCACAUUUCAAAUUGUUUUUGGAAAUAUUCGACAUCGUGUCAUCCGGACCAAAGAGGAAGCGAACCAUCCAGACUGUUAUCGACGCAAAGUUGAAAAGCCAGCAUGUGUGAUGGUAUGGGGGUGCAUUAGUGCCCAAGGCAUGAGUAACUUACACAUCUGUGAAGGCACCAUUAAUGCUGAAAGGUACAAACAAGUUUUGGAACAACAUAUGCUGCCAUCUAAGCGCCGUCUUUUUCAUGGACGCCCCUGCUUAUUUCAGCAAGACAAUGCCAAGCUACAUUCAGCAUGUGUUACAACAGUGUGGCUUCGUAAAAAAAGAGUGGGGGUACUUUCCUGGCCCGCCUGCAGUCCAGACCUGUCUCCCAUGGAAAAUGUGUGGCGCAUUAUUAAGUGUAAAAUAGGACAGCGGAGACCCCGGACUGUUGAAGGACUGAAGCUCUACAUAAAAGAAGAAUGGGAAAGAAUUCCACUUUCAAAGCUUCAACAAUUAGUUUCCUCAGUUCCCAAACGUUUAUUGAGAGUUGUUAAAAGAAAAGGUGAUGUAACACAGUGGUGAACAUGCCCUUUCCCAACUACUUUGGCACGUGUUGCAGCCAUGAAAUUCUCAGUUAAUUAUUAUUUGAAAAAAAAAAGGAAAUGUAUGAGUUUGAACAUCAAAUAUGUUGUCUUUGUAGUGCAUUCAACGGAAUAUGGGUUGAAAAGGAUUUGCAAAUCAUUGUAUUCUGUUUAUAUUUACAUCGAACACAAUUUCUUGUGCAGCCGAGUAGUCAUGUUGGCAUUUUUUUUUCCAUAACUUAAGUUGAUUUAUUUUGGAAAACCUUGUUACAUUGUUUAAUGCAUCCAGCGGCGCAUCACAACAAAAUUAGGCAUAAUAAUAAUGUGUUCAUUCCCCGACUGUAUAUAUCGAUAUCGGUUGAUAUCGGAAUCGGUAAUUAAGAGUUGGACAAUAUCGGGGGGAAAAAAGCCAUUAUCGGACAUCUCUAGUUGUAGUUUUAGAAACUGUAGACUACAUUGAAGCUGCACUUUACUUUAUUAAUAAUAUUUAUUUGAAAAAAAUAAUUUAAUUUAUAUGCUACAUGUUAUCCAUCCAUCCAUUUUCUACCGCUUAUUCCCUUUUGGGGUCGCGGGGGGUGCUGGUGCCUAUCUCAGCUACAAUCGGGCAGAAGGCGGGGUACACCCUGGACAAGUCGCCACCUCAUCGCAGGGCGCUACAUGUUAUGUUCCUUUAAAAUAGAUAGUUAUAACUGAUUUUUUUAUCUUCUUUUCAAUAAAAACAUUUCAAAAAAGCAUAUUUUAGAGCUGUAAGUAUACAAUCAUUUAUUAUGAAUAACUUAAGAAUUGUAUUAGGAUGUUCUUAUGGCUUGUGCAGCCCUUUGAGACACUUGUGAUUUAGGGCUAUAUAAAUAAACAUUGAUUGAUUGAUUGAAAGAAUGGGCUGGUAAAUAUCCAACACUUUGCGGGUGUUGUUGAUAUUUACCAGCCCAUUCGUUAUGUUGUUCAUAAUUGACUAAAUGAUAUCUGGAUGUUGUGCUUACUUGGACUGUGAUGAAGCUGUGAGGACUCAGGUGGUUUCUCCUCAUGGUCUUCGGUCUUCACAGAGACAACAGUCAGUGGAAACUUGGUGAGAUCAGCCUCCUCCUGUCCAAGAAGACACUCUUCCUCCUGAGUGAUCCAGAGCUCCUCCUCUUCCUCUUUAAUGUGGGGGGGCUGCUGGACAUCUGUUGGAUGAAUAAGUAAAAUUAAGAUAGAACACAAGUAGUUAUUUACUGACGCUGUUAACGCAAUGAGAUUAUUUGCAGUUAUAAGUACAGUCCUGGUCAAAAGUUUACAUACACUUGUAAAUAAAAUGAUGUCAUGGC